UCAAAUCAAGGAAGUGCAGGGAGUAUUUAUCGCUACAAAUUUAUUUUAUUUUUCAUCAUUUUUAUUCAAUGAAAUGCAAUUAUGUUAAUCGAUCGUCGGUAUUCUUUCAAAAUGAUACCCAGAUGAGUGUAUGUAAUGUUCAGUAAAAGUGCAUUUUUAUUUGUAAGGACAAGGAAAACAGGUGUGACAAGGAACGGAAAUACCGCAUAGACUGUAAAAACAGAUUUGUUUUAUUAUUGUUCACAAAGGGACGGAAGAUAUACCAUGAAUGCUUGAGGAAGUGGUCGGAAUUAUAUUUGUUGAAUGUAUUUAAUUAAAAUGUAGUUACAAAAUCUGACCCACUUACGUACCUAGGUGGGUUGACCUAUAGAGACGAAUGCGGACUUUUCCCGAUGUUAUUUUUAGGAUACAGCUUUGCGGAUAAUUAAAUAUUUAUAAACCAAAUUCGCAAUGCACAAUUGCUGAAAAAUAAACGCGUGGAUCAUGUUCACAAAAACAAACCAAACAUUCCAACAUAACAUUUAAACUGCAGACUUGUGAAUCUAAAGAGUACUACUUCCUAAAAGGGAUCAAUUUACCCAUAGAUUACCAAUACAUAGGUCGUUUAUAUAAUGAAUUUAUCAGUAAAUUCAUUUGAUGAAUCAAUCUAAUGUUGCCAUAUUGAAAAUAUGGAGUUCCAAAUUUAAAUGGAUUCUAAAUGAAUUUCGAAAAUUGAAUUUGCACUAUGGUGACUUAAUUAGAUAGGCUUAAAUACAUUUAAAGUAAAGUAGAGUUUAGAUUGUGGGCCUUAGGCCCUAAGGCCGGGUUCACACGGCAGUGAUGAAGAAGCAAAAUGUACGCACUCUAUCUUUGAUUGUGUGCACAUUCACUUAUCUACUAGUUGGUGCCGCUGUGUUUGAUGCUCUCGAGUCUACUACGGAGAGGAAUCGGUUUGAAGUGUUGCAAGCCAUAGAAGGCAUGAUAAUACGCAAGUAUAAUAUAUCAGAGGAGGACUUUAGGGUGAUGGAGACAGUAGUAUUGAAGUCGGAGCCACACAAGGCUGGUCAACAGUGGAAGUUCACCGGAGCAUUCUACUAUGCUACCACUGUUUUGACUACUAUAGGGUACGGCCAUUCCACACCAGCUACGAUUGGAGGGAAACUGUUCACGAUGUUCUAUGCGAUAGUUGGUAUACCGUUGGGGCUGAUCAUGUUCCAGAGUAUUGGUGAACGGGUUAACAGGCUUAGCAGCGUAAUAAUAAAGUCGAUAAAGCGCGCGAUGAACUGCCGCCAGACCCACGCGUCGGAGGUGGACCUCAUAUGCGUGGUGACGACCCUCUCGUCGCUCACGAUAGCCGGCGGCGCGGCCGCGUUCAGCAAGUUCGAGGGUUGGAGCUACUUCGAUAGCGUUUACUACUGCUUCAUCACGCUCACCACGAUCGGUUUCGGCGAUAUGGUGGCCUUGCAAAAGGACAACGCGCUAAACAGGAAGCCGUCUUACGUGAUGUUCGCGCUGAUUUUCAUCCUUUUCGGCUUAGCAAUUGUCGCGGCGUGCCUCAACCUGCUGGUGCUUCGGUUCGUUACCAUGAACACGGAGGACGAGAAGCGGGACCAACAGCAGGCCGAACAAGCGCAACAAGUGGCGGUGAGGUUAGAGGGUGACGUCAUAACAGCUGACGGGGACGUCUUGAGGGGCGUGGCCCGGGGCACCAGACUUCCAGCAACACCUAGAAUGAUUCGACCUGGCGACCCUACGACGGUGCCAUUGUAUUCAGAAGAAGAUGCACCGAGCGUGUGCAGUUGUACCUGCAAUUGCUUUGGACAUAACAGAUCGAUACCAUACCGCGACCCGCUGUCCCCGAUACCGCCGACAAACAUAAGGCACAUAAAGCCGAGGAACCUCUGCAACAUACCGCGCUACAUCGAGAGGAACUCGGCUCGGGACAAUUCGCAAUCGCUGCGUCUGAACUCCGCCUCCGGCUACCUGUACAUGAACGCCCGGAACGACUUCACCAUAGAGCAGGAGGAUUUCAACGAAAUGGUAGCUCGGAGACGGGAGCAGCUGCGCAGGGGCAUGGCGUACACACACUACAGCCCGCAGAGCUCGUGCGCAAAUCUACACGAGCGAAGCAAUGAUCCGCUGGUGGAUGAUUACUAUUCGGAGAAGAGUAGCUACGAGAAGAAGAAGAUCAAGAGGAACAUAGACAGGAACACGAAACCGGUGAACUAUUUUUACGAUGAUGCCGUCUUGCAUUUCGAUGAUGAAUACGCGUUCGACGGGUCUAUAAUAUUUGCGAAGAGGAGAAAAUCCAUAGACAAGGAUCUCAUAUCGGAGCUGGCCAGGUUCAACGUGGACCAGAUGUCGAAUGACAGCUAUGGUUACUACUUGGAUGAGAGUGAGCAAGACCAGUACUUUAUCAACGACACGCUGACGCUGAGUAUGCCGGCGCACAGGGCCAGCAUUUAGGUGGUUCAUUUUUGGUGAUUCAAUUCGAAAAUGAGAGGCUGAUUAGGGAAAAUGGCGCCUUUGUGUGCGGCCAAUCAUCAGCCCAUGUAUGUUCCCACUGCUGGGAUACAGGAACUCCUAUGAAAGUUCAGGCCAUAAUCCACCAAGCUGUACAAGUGCGGGUUGCGAUGUUUUCCUUCACCGUUUUAAGCAGUUUAUGGUGAUGUAUCACGUGCAGAUAAAUUGAAAAAUCAAUUUAUUACUUACCGACUUACCGAUUUUGAAGUCCAAGAUUUUCACCAC